GAUGGAGCGGUUUCCCUGGCGCUGACACAUGGGAGACCUCAGGAUGUGUUGGCCUCAGGGAGCCAAGGAGCAAGCGAGAGGACCCAGAGGCACGUUGAGUACUGCAGCUCUGUGGCCAUCACGAUGUUCUGGAAGUUUGACUUGAAUACCACAUCCCAUAUUGACAAGCUGCUGGACAAAGAGCAUGUGACACUGCAGGAGUUAAUGGAUGAAGAUGACAUCCUGCAAGAAUGUAAGGCUCAGAACCGGAAGCUGCUGGACUUUCUGUGCAGGCCACAGUGUAUGGAGGAACUGGUGAACCUCAUCACACAGGACCCACCCUUGGACAUGGAAGAGAAGGUCCGCUUCAAAUACCCAAACACAGCCUGUGAGCUUCUGACUUGCGAUGUGCCACAGAUCAGCGACAGACUAGGUGGGGAUGAGAGUCUGUUGAACCUUCUGUAUGACUUCCUGGAUCGAGAACCACCACUCAACCCUCUGCUUGCCAGUUUUUUCAGCAAGACAAUUGGCAAUCUCAUUGCAAGAAAAACUGAACAGGUGAUUGUGUUCUUGAAGAAGAAAGACAAGUUCAUCAGCCUGGUGCUGAAGCACAUGGGCACCUCGGCACUCAUGGACCUGUUACUGCGCCUUGUCAGCUGUGUGGAACCUGUGGGGCUCCGGCAGGAAGUCCUGCAUUGGCUUAAUGAAGAGAAAAUCAUCCAGAGACUUGUGGAAUUGAUCCAUCCGCAUCAGGACGAAGAUCGGCAGUCGAAUGCUUCUCAGGCACUCUGCGACAUUGUCAGGCUGAGCAGAGACCAGAGCAGUCAACUCCAAGAGACUCUGGAGCCAGACCCCCUCCUCACAGCACUGGAGUCGCAGGACUGUGUGGAGCAGCUUCUAAAGAACAUGUUUGACGGAGACCAGACAGAGAGCUGCCUGGUCAGCGGAAUGCAGGUGCUGCUUGCCUUGCUGGAGCCACGGCGGGCUGGGACAGAGGGCUUGGUGGACUCCUUUUCUCAGGGACUGGAAAGGUCGCACGCUGUCAGCAGCAGUGUCCUGAAUGGCAUUGAGCCACGGCUGAAGGACUUCCACCAGCUCCUUCUCAACCCACCAAAGAAGAAAGCGAUCCUGACCACCAUUGGAGUGCUGGAGGAGCCCUUGGGGAAUGCCCGUCUGCAUGGUGCACGCCUCAUGGCUGCGCUGCUGCACACAAAUACACCCAGCAUCAACCAGGAGCUCUGCCGGCUCAAUACCAUGGACUUGCUGCUGGACUUGUUUUUUAAGUACACCUGGAAUAACUUUUUGCACUUCCAAGUGGAACUAUGCAUAGCCGCUAUUCUCUCCCAUGCUGCCCGGGAGGAGAGGGCAGAAGCUGGUGGAUCCGAGAGCAGGGUGGAGCCUCCACAGGGAAGCGGGAAUGGGAACAGGAGCCUGGAGACACCCCAGCCUGUCGCCAGCCUCCCUGAGAACACGAUGGUGACCCACCUGUUCCAGAAGUGCUGCCUGGUGCAGAGGAUCCUGGAGGCCUGGGAAGCCAAUGACCACACACAGGCAGCUGGUGGCAUGAGGCGCGGGAAUAUGGGCCACCUCACGCGGAUUGCCAACUCAGUGGUGCAGAACCUGGAGCAGGGCCCUGUGCAGACCCACAUCAGCGAGGUUAUCCAAGGGCUCCCUGCAGAUUGCCGUGGACGCUGGGAGAGCUUCGUAGAGGAGACACUGACCGAGACCAACCGGAGGAAUACCGUGGACCUGGUGAGCACUCACCACCUUCACUCCUCGAGUGAGGACGAGGACAUUGAGGGUGCGUUCCCUAACGAGCUGUCCCUUCAGCAGGCAUUCUCUGAGUACCAGAUCCAACAGAUGACAGCCCAUUUCGUGGAUCAGUUCGGCUUCAAUGACGAGUUUGCAGACCAGGAUGACAGCAUCAAUGCCCCUUUUGAUAGGAUUGCAGAGAUCAACUUCAACAUCGAUGCAGACGAGGACAGCCCCAGCACAGCUCUGUUUGAAGCCUGCUGCAGUGACCGAAUCCAGCCCUUUGAUGAUGAGGAAGAAGAGGAUAUCUGGGAGGAUGAGGAAACUCGUAGUACUGCCCGGGUGAUGGCCAGAGCCAGGUUUGGAGCCCCACACAGCUCAGAAAGCUGCUCUAAGAAUGGCUUGGAGCGUGAAGGCCAGGACAGGAAGGCAGGCUCAGAGGCAGACAGGAACAAACCUGGAGCAGCGACCCCCCUGGCCCUUGCACAGAAUGAAGGCUUCUCAGAGGGUAACUCAGAAGAUGCUGCAUGGACUGCAGUCUUUGAUGAGCCAGUGAACCCGACAGCCCCAGUCCCAGGAGCUGCGAGGGAUGUGGGUUCUAGCGUGUGGGCAGCUGGCGCCUCAGCCCCAGAGGAGAAAGGCUGGGCCAAGUUCACUGACUUUCAGCCUUUCUGCUGCUCCGAGUCAGGGCCCAGGUGCAGCUCUCCCGUGGACACAGACCACAGCCAUGCUGAGAAUGGCCAGAGCCCCAGCCCAGAGAAAGCCUUUGGUCCUGCCUCCCCUUGUGCCUGGAAUGUGUGUGUCACCAGGAAGGCCCCCCCGGUGGCCUCCGACAGCAGCUCCUCUGGGGGCUCUGACAGUGAGGAUGAGGAGAAGGCGGCUGGCAUUGCAGAAACUGUGAGCUCAGGCCCUAGCCUGGAGGCGCCCUCACCACCCAGGAAGGAGGAUGCUGCUGGCAGGGCUGAGUGUGUGGGCAGCACACCGCCAGACUCUGCCUGCCCUGUGCCCUCAAAAGUGACCUCUGCCCUGGCCAUGGCUGUGUCUCCGGAGGCGACCAUGGCCACCCCAGCACUGGACAAGGCAAGUCUUCCCCCGGCUCACCCGGCAGUAUGUACUGCAGUGGCUGUAGCUGUCCCUGCGGGGCCCAUCGUGGAGGUUACCACAGCCCCAGCCACAGUGGCCACCCUGGGGACUGUGACAAAGGACAGGGAGACAGAUGCCCCGCCAGGAGCUGCCGCCUUAAAUGGUCCUGUGUAACGCUGCUGCCACCAGCCAUGGCCACCCUGGCCAGGCUGCAUCCUUAAUCAGAAAACUACCUGGUGAUGCAAUUUGUUUUUUUUUUUUAAUUUAAUUUUAAAAUAAAUGCUGCAUUGGUAAAGCUGGCAGUUGGAA